UUAUUUAAUUUUACUUUACAGAUAACUGAAUACAAAGGACCCGAUUGCAAAAGAAUAUAAGAGGCAGAUAGGAGUCGAAAAACAGUAAGAUCGAAGCAACUGAAUGUAAGCAACUCGAAUGAGAAAUGAUCAGAGAUCCUCCUUUUACGGCGCAUGUUAUUGAACAUCUCAUUAUCUUGGUCCUGACGUCAAUUCCUACCUUCAGUUCUAAGCCACACGUUCCCCUGAGGAUAAACAUGCUGCAUAUACCUACUCCUGUGGUAACGGGCGACAGUGUUCUGCUCAGUUGUAGUUACGAUGUGGGUGAUGAAACUCUAUACGCUGUGAAGUGGUACAAGAAUAUGGGUGAGUUCUUCCGAUUCGUGCCUAAAUCUAAUCCAGCUUUCAAGACGUUCCCUCAAGUUGGAGUAGAUGUUGAUGUAAGUAUGUUUAAUUUAGUUACAUAA